AUGCCUCAUGUUUGGUACUUCCAUGCCCUCAACGAAUCAGUUGACUUAAAGGGGAAUUUGGGGAGGUUAAAGGAGUUUUUACCAGGGGAACUGACCUUGGAUGAGCGAGAUGCCAAUAAUGCUCGUAGGACUACGUUGAUACAAGAUCGAGGUGAAUCGGUGAGUCGAUUAGUAUUGUUCAAUGAGAAGAAGCUAGAGAUCCCGACUGUUUUGGCCUUUACUGGGGACCGCGAUUUACUGGCGGCGGUUUUGGAAUGGCUAAAAUCUGUCAUCGGAGUUGUCAUGUAUCGGAUAACACUAGAUCAGAGUAUGAUGCUGGCAAUUGCAGAUGCUAUGUGUGGAGGGGAUCGCUUUUAUGACUCAAAAUUCAUCUUUGACGUGACUACAGAGGACAAGAACUUGACCUCGAUGGGAAUUGAAGUUGAUAAGAAAUCGUUGAGAUCGCUUUCUGCGGGGCAAAGCAGACCUUACCAGGAAUCAGUGGUGCCGUAUGUGUACGAAGAGACUGGUUUAUUGCUGAAGAAAUUACCGAUGGCUUCAAUCGCACUCUUGGGCCAUGCCAGGAUUGCUAAAGAUACCGUAACGACGUUGGAAGACGAUAUUGAAGACAAGACUCUAUCUACAAUACUGGAAUCCAUUCAAUAG